GUUGUUACCAAGACGACAUUUUGUUAGACCAAGGGCAACACAUUCAACACACGAACUAAUUUGUUAUUUCAAAAUGAAUUAAACCAAAAAUACGAAAAGUGCAUUGAUUACAAUGGAGUGAUGCCAUUUUCACAGGAGGCAAAUCACCACCAUGGGCUAGACAAUGCGCUGGUAGAAGGGAGGCUUAUGGAAGAAACCAUAGAUGCAGUAGAGAGGAAUUUGGACAAACUAAAAUAUUCUUUACAAAAUAGAUACUCAAAAUUAGUCUCCUCCCAAAUAGAUCGUCUAAUAGACAGCACAAGGGACCCUAAUAGAAAUGUAUCUGUUAAUAUCUCAAGUAGAGAAAUAAGACGAAUAGGUAAUACCGAAAUCGAUAUUCCUGCCAUAGGCAGCGAAAAGGUAGAUAUCUCCGACCAAGCUGACUUAGAAAGUGAAAGAAAGGUUAUAAAAACACCUGAAAUUACUAGAAUCAAAAUACGACAAUAUAGAAAAAUCGAACACAAUGAAUGGGCAAAGUCAGCAAGAGACCAAGACGCCGAUGAAAUCAAUAAGAUAGGAUAUCAAAAUAUGUCUAAUGGGGAGAAGGUGAUACAUCGAUUAAGUGGUGAAAAUGAUAAGUUUUCCAAUUCAAGUAAUAGUGUAAAUGCAUCAAAAGCUGUCGUACCACUCUCUGAUGAAAUCCGUACAGGUGUAGACAAGAAUCUUGAAUCGUCCGAAAACAUGAACGGGCGACCCGAGUUCACUGCACAUCCCGCUGGAAUUCCUCUACUCACUAUUAAGCGUACCUCAGACCGUACUUUGACUACAAACGAUACAACCGAUACUAGGAGUCCAAUAUUGACAAAAAGGUAUGCACGAAGUCCUUCAUCUGCUAUUACUAUUACUGUACGUCCUGUUUUAGAAAAUGAUAGUCCCCGAAGUCAAAACAGUGCUUCAGCUUCAUCGUCGUCUGAAAAUGGCACAUCGAGUCCGUUACACAUUAGAAACGGUGCUAAAAGAUCACCAUCAACCCAAAGUGAUGGAGGACGUCCAGUCAACAGAUAUGACGCCAGAAGUCCAGCAUUGGGCCGAAGUAGUAGAGCAAGUCAAUCACCCAGUACGUAUGAAACUAGAGGCCUGGCAUUUGACCGAAGAAGUGGAUCAAGUCCAGUUUCCAAUAGAUACGAUGCUAGAAGCCCGCCACUGGGCCUAAGUAGUGGGGUAAGUUCACCACCCAAAAGAUAUAAUACUAGAAGCCCAUUAUCGAUUAGAACUGGUGCUCAAAGUCCGCCGUUUAGUGGAACAAAUAGAAGCUCAUCAUCGACCCAAAAUGUUGAAGUAAGAAGCCCACCAUUGGCAAGAAUUCUUUCAGAAAAUCCAACUUCAUCAAGUCUUGGAAGAAUCAGUGUAGAAAGAGCAGCAGUAACAAAAAGUGAUACGAAAAGUCCAACAUCGGAAAGAAAACAUGCAGAAAGUCCUAUUGUAACUAGCAAUCGUGCCAAAGCUCCUUUAUCUGAAAGACGUGUUCUAGAAAGUACUACACGAAAUUUUAUUGUUGAAAGAAUAAGUACAGAGAAUUCUAAAAUGUUAAGCGAUCAAGCAGUCAGUACUACAUCGACAAAAAGAGGUGUUGAAAGUCCUACAUUGGUAAAAACAGAUACAAAAAGUCAUUAUUUGGUAAGAAAUCAAGCAGUCAGCCCUACACUUGCCAGACGAGCUACAGAAAGUCCUAAAGUGGCGAGAAAUCGUGCAAUCAGUCCUACACCAGCAAGACUAGGUGCAGAAAGUCCUAAUUUGGAAAGACGAAACGCAAAAAGUCCUGAUUUGGCAAGAAAUCAAGCAGUCAGCCCUACACUUGCCAGACGAGCUACAGAAAGUCCUGAAUUGGCGAAAAAUCGUGCAACCAGUCCUAAAUCAACAAGAAUAGGUGCAGAAAGUCCUAAUUUGGGAAAACGAAAUGCAAAAAGUCCUGAUUUGGCAAAAAAUCAAGCAGUCAGUCCUACGUCGACAGGAAGGGCCACAGAAAGUUAUGAAGUAGCUAGAAAUCGUACAGUCACUUCUAAAGCGGCAAGAAUAGAUGCUGAAAGUCCUAAUUUGGCAAGAAGUCAGGCAGUCAGUCAAACAACGGCAGGAAGAGGUGUGAAAAGUCCUGAAGCUGAAAAACAGCGAAGAAUCAGUCCUACAUCGUCAAGAAGAAGCGGAACAGAAAGUCCUAUACUGGAAAAAAGUCGUUUAAACAAUCACACAGCCUUAAGAAGAGGUUCAGGAAGUCCUGAAUUAGCAAGAAAUCGAUCAAUAAGUCCUACGUUGACAAGCAGAGGUGUAAAUAGCCAAGAUCUGGCAAGAUAUCGUGCAAUCACUCCUACAUCAGCAAGAAGAAGUGAGUUGGCAGGAAACAAUGCAAUGAGUCCUACAUUGGCAGUAAGAAGUAUGGAAAGAUCUAAUUUUGAGAGAAAAAGUUCAGAUAGUCCUAUGCUGUUAAGAAGAGACACAGAAAGUCCCAUAUUGUCAAGAAGUCGUUCAAAGAGUCCUACAUCGAAAAGAAGAGGUACAGAAAGUCCUGAGUUAGACAGAAAGUAUGCAGUCAGUCCUACAUUGGCAAGCAGAUAUGAAGAAAAUUAUAUUUUCGCAGAAAGAGGUACAGAUAGUCCCAUUUUGGCGAGAAGUGGAAGUGAAAGUCCUACAUUAUCAAGCAGAGAUACAGGAAGUCCUAAAUUGCAGAGAAAAAUUGCAGAAAAUUCAGAAUUGGCAAGAUAUCGUGCGAACAGUCCUGCAACUGCAAAAAGGGGUGCAGAAAGUCCAAGAUCGACAAGAACCUAUGUAGAAAGUACGGCAUUCGCAAAAAGUGAUGCAGCAAGUAUAACACCGACAAGGAAUGUUAUAAAAAGUUAUUCAAUGGCAAGAAGUGAUAUAGAUAACCUUACAUUGGAAAGACGAGGUCCGGAAAGUUCAACAGCCAGAGGAAAUUGUGUAGAUAGUCCUACAUUGGCAAGAGGUGGUGCAGAAAGUCCUGCAUUGGCAAAAGGUGCUGUAGAAAGUCCUAAAUUGGCAACAAAUGCUAUAGAAAGCCUUACUUCGGCAACAGGAGGUAUAGAAAGUCCUGUUUCAGCAAGAAUUGAUGAGACAAAGUCCAGAUUUACAAGCGGAGGUGCAAAACGGCAUUUAUCUGAAAGAAAACGUGCAGAAAAUUCUACAUUGUCAGGAAGCAAGGCAGAAAGUAUCAUGCUGGCAAGAAGUGGUGUAGAACAUCUUAAGAUGGGACGAAACAGCGUUGAAAAUCCAACAUCAACAAGAAAUAUCCCUAAAAGUCCUUUACUGCCUAGGGAAGAUAUUGCAAUAGACAGAUCAGGCGUACAUGAUGGUAGAAGUCCGAUGUCAUUUAGAAACAACUUUAAAGACGAAGAACUGACUUAUGACUAUUCUUCAAAUGGAAUAUCACCUAAAAGAAAUACCAAAUCUCCAGUAUGGAAGGAAUACUUGGGGCAUGGUCAGAUAGAUGGAGUUAAUAAUUUUCCCUCAAAUGGAAUACCACCUAAAAGAAACAGCAGAUCUCCAGUAUGGAAGGAACAUUUGGGACAUGGUCAUAUAAAUGGAGCUGGUAAUUUCUCUUCAAAUGGAAUAUCACCUAAAAGAAGCAGCAGAUCUCCAGUAUGGAAGGAAUAUUUGGGACAAAGUUAUACAGAUGCAGCUGAUGAUUUUGCUUUAAGACCAACUUCGGUUAAAAGUCCUGUAGAAAGAAGACUGCAAAAGAUGGUAGACAGAUUGGAAGUCUAUAACAGAAGUGUUUCACCGAAGAUGGAAAAGAUCAAAGAGUCAUUAUCCCCUAGAAAACCAUUACGUGAGAAAUAUGCUACACCAGCAAUAGAAUACUAUGUAGAGGACCCCACUGAAACAGCCGAUUCUUUUAAAUCAGUUAGAAGUAUAAAACAAAAGACGCCACCAGCCUUGAAUGACAAACAUGGGACAAACACAAGAGAGCAAAUGAUACAGAGCAGGUUUACGUCAGUACCUAAACAGCAUAGCAAUACAAAUCCUACCACAGACAUAGUCAUGAUGGAGACAGACAGAUUUAAAGAACCGUAUAAUGAUAACAUAACUAACAAACUGGCUUUAGCCGUUAAGGAAUAUCCAACUGUGUCUCAUCAUACUCAAACUAGAGUAAAAUAUAAUCGCAAAGAAAAAGAUUAUCAGCCUAUCGAUGUAAACACUGAUUUCAGCCAAUCAUAUCAAGAGCCACGAAAACCUGAACCUCAAACAGAAUUUCAGUCUCUUGUUUCCCCAGUUUCUGAUGACCAACCUUCUGAAACUCGCGAUACUGUUAAAAGACCAGUAUUUAGUAGCCCAACACAAUCGCCAGAAGAAUCUUCCGCAGAAAAUGCGAGAGCAGUCUGUCUAUUUUGUAAAUCUGCCGAUGGAAGUGGAAACAAAAUAUCAUCUUAUCUGCAGAAUAAAUCCAGAAAAGACAUAGGCCUAUAUCGAAUACAUGCUGAAGAAAGCGAAUCCAAAACAUCAGGUCAUCUGCAAAAUAAUUCAAGAAAGGACCUUAGUAAAUAUCAAAUACCUGCUAAAGAAAUCGAAUUUGAAACGUCAGCAUUGGUAAAAACUGAUACAAAAAGUUCUGAUUUGGCAAGAAAUCAAACAGUCAGUCCUACACUUGCCAGACGAGCUACAGAAAAUCAUGAAUUGGCGGGAAAUCGUGCAAUCAGUCUUAAAUCAACAAGAAUAGGUGCAGAAAGUCCUAAUUUGGAAAAACGAAAUGCAAAACGUCCUGAUUUGGCAAGAAAUCAAGCAGUCAGUCCUACGUCGACAGGAAGGGACACAGAAAGUUCUGAAGUGGCUAGAAAUCGUACAGUCACUUCUAAAGCGACAAGAAUAAGUGCGGAAAUUCCUAAUUUGGCAAGAAAUCAGACAGUCAGUCGAACAAUGGCAGUAAGAGGUCCUAAAGUUGAAAGACAGCGAGGAAUCUGUCCUACAUCGUCAAGAAGAAGCGGAACAGAAAGUCCUAUACUGGAAAAAAGUCAUUUAAGCGAUCACACAGCCAUAAGAAGAGGUUCAGAAAGUCCUGUUUCACCGAAGAUGGAAAAGUUCAAAGAGUCACUAUCCCCUAGAAAACCGUUACGUGGGAAAUAUGCUACACCAGCAAUAGAAUGCUACGUAGAGAACCCCCCUGUUAGUAUAACACAAAAGACGCCAACAGCCUUUAAUGACAAAAUUGAGACAAACACAAGAAAGGACCUUGGCAAAUAUCGAAUACCUGCUAAAGAAAUCGAAUUUAAAACGUCAGCUGAUCCCGUUCAGAAGCAGGGUUUUCCUGAAGAGCGCAGAAAUUUCACACAAUAUGCACUUUCUGAUAAUAGUGUUCCCUCUAGAAGCCCGACACUGUCGAGUGGAAGUUCCACAUUCUUGUUCGAUUCGUCAGGUGAUAUGAACCAGCAACCGCUAGCUCAUUCUACACCGAAUGACAAAACUGAGCGUUUUUCUCCAGUCGGUCUAAACGAAAUCGCCAAGAGUGAAGAAUAUUGUGCAAGUUGUCGCAAAAAAGAAACCAAACAACUUGAUUUGUUUCAACAUGGUAAAAGGUAUCGGUCUAGAUCAAAUCGAAACAAGGAAAGUUACUGUCUUGAUAAAGUACAGAACAGUGACACCGACAAAAGAAUGUGGGUAUCAAGGAAUCCCCAUAGGAUAGACACUGCCGGUCCCAGUUCUUCUGAAGAUACACGGGAAGAAUUCGCCCUAAGCCUCUAUACAAAUGGAUCAGAUAAAGGAAAGGAGCGGUCCAUGAAAGAUAAAGAUCACCAACAAGACGUAAUUGGUUUUAAAUCGAAAGAAGAAAACCAAUCAAGAUUUGAAGAACUUGUUAAUCAUCAGAUGCAUCAGUUAACACAUCCUGGUGGCUCUGAAAGUAAUACAUUCACAAAAAACACAAUUAAACAACAUGAAAUAAGAGAAAUUAAGAAUUACGAUGAUGACAACCGGGCAAAUCGCACUGAAGAAGAACUUCUAAUUUUCAAAGUGAUCAGGCAGAGAAUCUUUCCAGUUGAUAAUAAAUGUUGUCAGGCAGACAUCACACAAGAGAAACAAAUGCUGACACAGACUGAAAAGGAGAAUUCGCCUUUAGUAAUUGGAAAUGAAGCAAAAAGUCAGGCAGAAAAACAUAUCACACAUCAAACUCAACGUGCUGACGGCCACCAAAAGGAUACGGUCACGCGAGAAACAAAAGAAAUUAGAGAAUACGAGAACAGCAGUCAGGUUAACCUGAACUCAGAGGGACAAGAAAUGUUUAAAACAAUCACAAAGAAAAUCCACAAGGUAGAUGUAGACAUUAAAAAAGAUAACGACGAAGACACCAUCCAUGCAGAAAAACCUAAACAGAGUGCUGAAACCCAGCACAAUUAUGUCUUUAAACGAAAAGAAAUAAAACACCGCGAAGAAGACAAUACAGCCGAUUUCAAUAGUUCAGAAAUUCAGACAAGAUCCAGCACAGGUAUUCAAACAGAGAUUUUUAGGGAGCACAUAGGGAUCAAUAGAAAUGAGCAGUCAAGCCAGAUAGAAGUACACUUAGAAAGUUCAAUAGAGCACAAACGGAACACAGACGAGCGUUCAUUUCACAUUGACACCGACAAAAUAAAAACUGAAACUGUUCAAAACAACGAAGCAGACGAGAAAGAAGAUAACACGAAUAGUGCAGUACAAACUUUAGAAGACGAGUUUCAAAGGGAAAUAUGGAUAGCUUUAUCUGCCAAUAUUCAUCGGCUGUAUGAAGACAUCGAGAGAACUAUUUCCACUAACGCGUUACCAAAAGAUGACAUCCCUCCAGAAACGAUCAUCAACGAGGCGAAAUAUAUGUUUCUUAACAGAAUAGAAACACUGUUGUCCUUAUGCAGCAAUUUGGACAGGAAUGAGUUUAGGGACCACAUAGAGGAACUCAUCGGUCGUCUGCAUGGCGCCUUCUUUGAACAAGGAGCACGGUCACGUGAUAGCGAUUAUAUGGACGAAAUGAGAACAGUACUGGAUGGGCUAACAAUUCUGAAAGAAAAUUUCGCCUUCUGCAGGGAAAGAUUGUUUGAUGAGAAAACUAGCGACCUUGGUUCGUCUGGUUUCAUGGCAACCGUAAACAAACAUUUUAAAAGAUUGCUGGAAUAUUUCAGUGGAAAGGAAGGACAAGAUGAUGGUAGAAGAAUAUUUCCUAGGAGGGGACGGAGAAUAACCGUGUUUGACCGUUUAAACGCAUUUGUAGAGCGCCACCUAUAUGUAAUUAUGCUGGUUUUAGGAAUCAUACUUGGAAUAUCUAUUGUUUUCUGCGGUCCAUCUGCGACAAGGACCAUGUCAGACUUUGCUUUCUCUCGUUUUAUGUAUGUUUUGUGCAAUGUAACGCUUACACAACCUAACCCACCAAUUGUUUGAACGAAUAUUAAAAAAGAAAGAUCUCA